UGCAGAAUAUAAAGAUUGCCAACUUCCCCUUACGAGACAGACACGAUGGCCAGAGAGAAAGCAAUAGCAGCCCAGACCCUUUGCAUGAGGGGAUAUCUGCUCACAGCUCUCUUUAGUGUCUGGAUAAAUCUGAUCUCCGGAAUCAAAAUUCAGCCGAUUCCUGAACAUCCAGUGAUCAAUCAGCCUGUCACCCUCAAAGUCAGUGGCGUCAGGGGGGUAAUUCGCUCUUUCUCCUGGUAUAAAGGUCGAUUCGUUGAUGAUUUCUCCCUAAUCUUAACAUAUGAUGCACGUUCUAACACUGUAAAGACACGAGGGCCAGAGUUCUUCCCUCGAGCCAGUGGCCUUCCAGAUGGGUCGCUACAGAUCUCAAAGCUUUAUAAAGCAGUCAGAAGAUAUUACACAGUUCAAAUACAGGCGGACAGUUUGACCCAAGAAACCAUUAACCUGCCUGUAUAUGAGAUAUUGACUAAACCAAUGAUUGACAUCACUAAGCAGCAGCCAGAGAAAUAUGAUGAAGUCACCCUUACCUGUAGACUAUUAGCAACUGAAUUAGAAUCAGUAAAUUUCUUAUGGAAGAGAAGCGAUGGCAGAUUUCCUUCUGGAGUCAAAUUCAGUGAAAAUAACAGAAUUAUGACUAUUCCCAGCUUCACACAAUCAGAUGCUGGACAGUACCAAUGUGAAGUGGAGAAUCAAAUCAGCAAGAAAAUUAGUGACCCCUACACACUGUCCCUUUACAGUGCUGGCGUGGAGUCCAUUAAUUAUACAGGCAUUUAUAUUGCCAUUGUGGCAAUUGUACUGAUCAUUUGUGCAACAAUUCUAAUCUACAUGAAAAAAAAAUAUGUUUCAAUUCAAACAACAGGAUUGGUUAAUAGCGGACAUGAUCAAACCCCACCAUAUCAAAAUGUUAUCAAUGGACCAACGCAGCAAAACCCCCAAGUGGAAUCCUCCCAAUACCAGGGGCUACAGCAUCGGCCAGAAAAUAUCUACUUUGAUCUUAAAAUGGGGGGCAAAUGAAACGGAUAAUUCAGAUUAGUGAUCCCUCCAUUUCCCCACACCUUUCUAUGGUCCCACCUCUGGCAUGGAGAAAAAAGGGUUGUGCCUAAAUGGAAAAUUCAUUGCGUAAAGUUGCACUGUACAAGGGAUAGGCACAAGGCAUAAGCUUAGUACAGGUAUGGGACCUGUUAUCCAGAAUGCUCGGGACCUGGGAUUUUCUGGAUAAUAGAUCUUUCCAUAAU